AUGGCGGUGGCGCCGGAGUUGCAGAGCCCGUGGAAGAGGACGUUGUAGGCGACGGCGGUGGCGGCGCAUCCCUCGGCCAGCAUCCCCCGCCACACGCGCAGUGCCUCCUCGAUGCCGCCGCCACCCCCGGCUCCGGCGAGGAGGGCCCUCACCAGCGGUGCGAAGGUCUGCGCGGUGGGGACGAAGCCCCGGAGGAGCAGCUGAGCAAGGACGGCCAUGGCGAGCUUCAACUCGCCGGCGACGGCGAGGAGGUUGAUGACGGUAGAGAAGGUCACCGAAUUAGGCUUUGCUCCACGGGAGGCCAUCUCCGCCAGCAGGGAGUUGACCUCCGCUACCCUGCCGGCUCUUCCCAUGGCGUGGAUGAUGGCGUUGUAGGCAGCGGCGGGGGGCUGGAGUUCCGCCACCAAGGCCCGCGCCGCCGCGAGUUCGCCGGAGUCGCAUAGGCCGGAGACGACGGUGGAAAAGCUGACCUCGUCGGGGGGACAGCCGCAGCCGGCCAUCUCCGCCAGGAGCCGGCGGGCGGCGGCGAAGCGGCGGCGGCGACAGAGCGCGCUGAGGAGGACGUUGAAGGUGAAGACGUUGGGGCGGAGGCCCUCCUCCCUCAUGUUCUGGUAGACGGCGGCGACGGCGGUGAAGCUGCCGGAGCGGAGGAGGGCGUGGAGGAGGUGGUUGUAGAGCCUGACGGUGGCGGCGCAGCCCAACUCCUGAAGGCGGUAGAAGAGUUGCAGGGCGCGGUUGCCGGCGCCGGAGAGAGCGAAGGCGCGGAGGACGGCGGCGAGGGUUUGCUCGCCGCAGGGGAUGCCGGAGAGCUUCAUCUCCUGGAGGAGGCAGAGGGCGAGGUCGGUCUCGCCGUCGAGGGCCAGCCGCUCGACGGCGGCGUGGAAGGUGA